AUGAUUGCAUGGAAUGGUAUAUUGUGCCUGAAUGAAAACUCCUCGAAUAUUCAUCGUUACCCGGACAUACCAGAGUCAGUAUAUGCACAUGCUCGUUUCCCUAUAGGGACAUGCUCCCGUUCAGUGGUACCUUCGAAGCCGAGAAGGAGGUUAGGAAUAGCGACAGUACACGGCGAUCUGCCACUGAAGAUUUUCGAUAAGGAGCAAUUGAAGCAGCGACAUGCUGCAGCUCUAUUAGCUAGUUGA